UGUGGAGAAGGUUUCGUUGUGACAAAGCGUCCAGGCAGGAAGUGUCCUCGUCAGCUGAGAGGAGCCGUGACAGGUCGGCUGACUGCCGACAGAGUGGUGUGAGACUGACCGCUGACUUUCUCCCCUAUAAAGUGAACAAAACCAGCGGUUUGGUGUGGAUUUGUAGGCGGUAACGCUGGAGUGUCACUCCGACCAUUUGUUGUAGACGAUCACCAGAGAAGAUGCCUCUCGUACCAGUUGUGCCAGAGAACCACAGUCAUGUGCUGGCAGAGUUUGACUGUCUCGACCCGCUUCUGUCUGCUCUCCGUUUAGACUCCGGCAGGCUCAAGUGUACCUGUUUGGCAGUGUCAAGGAAGUGGCUGGCAUUAGGAACAUCAGCAGGAGGGUUGCACCUGAUCCAGAAGGAGGGCUGGAAACAAAGGCUCAUCCUCACCCACAAGGAGGGAUCUAUCUCUCAGGUGGCGUGCUGCCCUCAUGAUGAAGACUUUAUUGCUGUUGCAACUAGUCAGGGUCUGGUGGUGGUGUGGGAGCUGCAGCUGGAGCGGCGGGGUCGUCCAGAGAGAGUCAGCGUGUCCUGGGAGCACAGAGGUCAGGCCAUCACUGCACUCUGCUGGGACACCAGCACGCUCAGAGUUUUCGUCGGGGACUCAGGAGGCAAGGUGUCCUCUCUCCGUGCGGGAUCCUCCAAGCUGGGCAAGGGGUCAGCAUUCGUUAUCUUCCCUGUUCAGACCGUCACCACUGUGGACUCCAGAGUGGUUCAGCUCGGGUACCAAGAUGGCCGCCUGCUGGUGUCUUCCCUGAGCCGCUGCUACCUCUGUGACACAGAGAGGGAGAAGUUCUGGCGUGUUGGAUAUAAGGAGCGUGAUGGGGAGUACGGAGCGUGUUUUUUCCCUCAGAACAGGGGGUUAUUAGUUGGUCAGCCCCCCCUGCUGUACUCUGCCCGGCCGGGGUCUCGAAUAUGGGAGGCAAGUUUUAAUGGUGAUGUUCUGAGCACCCAUCAGUUCAAACAGCCACUGGCCUGUCCUCCUCUACCUCUCAUCACUUACAGACAUGAGCCACAUUACAACCCAGUGCAGAAGAGCCACCACUCAAUUGCCUUCCCUAAGCUGCUUUAUUUUGGAGACCACAACUUGCUGACCUGGACUGAUUCAGCUAUUUAUAUCUUCACACCUCAGAACGGACAAGUGCUUCUGUGGACUGAAGUCAAAGACUUGGUUGAUAUUGCAGUAUAUCGCAACGAGCUCUUCUGUCUCCACGGCAACGGACGUCUGUCCCACCUCUCCCUGUUGUCUGCUGAGCGCUGUGUUGAGCGUCUGCUGCGGAGGGAGUCCUGGCCUCUCGCUGCUGCGGUCUGCUGUAUGUUCCAGCACACAAUCACUACCAGCAGGGCCAGGAAAUCAAUUCCCAUCGACCGCCUUGAACACCUCAGAUCCCAGCUCAGCUCCAGCACACACCAGGAGCUGAGCAGCCAGCUGGAGGAAAUCAUCACUAAACUGGAGCCCCUGGACUCCGCCUCCAGCAGCCGCAGAAGCAGCAUCUCCUCACAUGAGAGCUUCAACGUCCUGGACUGUGGAAUCUAUCGCGUGAUCAGCCGCAGAGGAAGUCAGUCAGACGAGGAGACGAGCUCCCUCAUCAAUCAGUCCACGUCAGAGGAGGAGCGGCUCAAAGAGUUCAGUUUUGGGCAGGAGGAUGAUCAGGGGGAUCAUGAUCCACAGAGCAGUGAGCGUUUGGAGGCUGAGCGAUCUGAGCAAGGCCUGCAGUUCCACCUCCCUCUGUCAUUCCGUCCCAAACCCCCUCGCAUCGCACUGCAGGCUGUCAAAGACAGUGUUUCUAGUUUUGUUAAGAAGACAACAGAGAAGAUCAACAUCCUGCAGAUGAACUCUGAGCUCUGGCAACGGCCUGAAUUCAGAGAGGGCGGACAGGCAGAAAUGUCAGCCACAGCUCCGUACGCCGAGGAGAUGGACAAUGAAGUUUAUGAUGAAAUGCUUAACGCAGAGGCCGACAUGCAGGAACUUCGAUCAGCAACGGAGCGAGCGAUCUCCGAGAUCCAAGAUCCUUUGGUGCUACUGGAUCCAGGCUGCCUGAAAGAAACUCUCCUGGAUUGGCUGGCCGUGCUGGAGCGAGUACUCGGUGGAGAGCGAGGGUCGACCGCUGCGGGUGAUUCAAAUGUGGAUGGACCAGGAGAGGAGCGGUGGGAUUAUCUAAACUCCUACUCAGAGAAACAAGAGGAGUCUUCGUUCUCGUCAGGAGAACCAAGAGAGAGCGUCGCAGUGGAGAAGAAAGAAGAGUCUCCUGAGCUCGGAGAGAAAGAGGACCUGUGUGACUCCACUGAGAUGGAGCCUGAAGUGUUAAAUGGGAGCCCUCCAGAUCCUGUUCGAGUGGCGUCUCCCAAACCUGUCCCGUCGGAUCUCCUGGACGAUCUCACCCAGCUGGCAACGCUUUACACCGAGCUGAGCUGCUUUAGGAAGCAGGAGAAUGAACACGUAUUGGGGUGCACAACUUUCCUGCGCCGUUACUUCUUUCUGCUGGACCAAGAGCGUGUGAGAAGAAUGUGUCUGCUGUGUUAUCAGGAGCAGCCGGGGCUGCAGAGCUCCUUCACUGAGGCGAUGCUAGAUCUCACUCAGUCCAGUAAGGUGGUGGAGGUUAUUCAGAGAGGUGAUUUGCUGAGAUCACUGCGCAGUCUGAGAGAGCUGCAGCCCUGGAGUGCCCCGCCUCUCCUCGCUCACUUACACAGGCUGUAUGAGAAGCACGGGGAGGCGGCUGUACGCUCGUUUACGCAGUUUUAUCCUACAAUAACACCUGCUGAUGUAAUGACGAUGGCUCAGAAAAGCCACUUCCUGGCAUACCUGGAUAAUCUGGUCCAAUCUCGAACUGAGGAGCACAGGUUGUCAUUUGUGCAGUCGCUUCUUGAACCAGAAUCACUGAGACAGGAUUGGCUGGAGCUGGCACUUACCCACGAUGCCCCUCUACGCUGUGACACCGUGAGCCCCGAUGGACAGCCCAGGUGGCAUUCUCAUUGUUUCAGCUGGGGUUAUGGACGCCUGCUGUCCCUCCUGAUGCGUCUUCCUGCAGACCAGUCCUCCAAGCAGAAGAUGGCGGAGACUUGCCGCAGUCACGGCUACUGGACAGGCUACAUCUACCUCUGCUGUGAGCUGCAGCGUCGCACAGAAGCGUUCUCCACCAUCUGUCUGCUGGAUGACAUCAGUCUGCUGGAGGAAGCUGAUGGUGUUGAGCCUCAGACCUUGGAAGAGUGGAAGCUCUUGAUCCAGUUGUCUCAGCGGUGCGGCAGUGCGGCAGACUCGGAGCCGGUGAAUGGGAGCGACAGGUCCAACGGCUCGGGAGAUUGUGGCGGAAAGAUCAGCCCGGAGAACCUGACCCUGAUGCUGGCUCGGACAGCCGGGCCUGACCGCGCCAUGGCCGUCCUGGAGGAGUGUGGAGUGCAGCUGGUCCUUUCACCGCACUCCACACUGGUGUGUGAGCUGCUGAGAGUCACUGAGAAGAGGCAGAGAGCGAUGAUCCAGACGAUGCUGGAGCGCUGUGAUCGGUUCCUGUGGUCUCAGCACGCCUAACUGAAGAUCAGCUGCAGCGUCUCUCAACAAACAAGAUAAACUAACACUGUAUUUAAAUCUCCCCAGCUGGUGAAGCUGCAACUUAAUUUAUGCGCCGCAGUAUAUGUCAAAGCGUUCCAGUUUACAUGAAGGUACUUAUCCUCCAAGUGAAAACAGUAUUAUGAACUUUAACUUUUGUUUUUGCACGGAUCUAACCAGGUAAUCAAAUAUCUCUUGGAACAAAAAUGUACUGUCAAUACUUACAGUGAAAUGUUCUAACCAGAUAUUUUAAUGUAAAUAAAAGCUGUCUGUAUUUGAUUUUUGUUUGUUUUAAGAACAAAAGGUAUCUGUCAGCAUGAAUGAUAGUCGAGCCUGGUGAAUGUGUAUUGUUUCCCCGUGUAUGUAAAUCACAUUGGGAAAAAGUUCACAUAAAGAGCAGAGGACAAACCGUGGAUCUGUGCAGACCAGCACAUUUCUUGAUCAAUGUGUGCUUUUGUUUUUUAAACUUUAUUUCUUUAGUUUACUUUUCUUUUCUUUUUUUGGUGUGGUUUUAUUGGUAUUUAAAGUCUUAAUAAAAUGUAAUAAAUCACAGAUACAGUUACAAUAACUCUCCACCCCCCCCCCCCCCCCCCCAUACAUAUUGUAGUAUUACUGCACUGUUUAGUAAUCAAACACAAAUGAUUCUGUAAACGCUUGCAUGUACACAUAAAUUCAAUGUAACUAAAAUUGUAAGUGAGACAAAAAUUAAUAUAUACUAAAUAAAUAAUAAGAAUUAUAAAUAAUAAGAAUUAUAAAUAAAUAAUAAGAAUUAUAAAUAAAUAAUAUGAGUGGGGUUAAAAAAAAAAAAAA